CUGAGAAAUCAUUCACACUUCAGUUCCUCAGCCUGGAGAGAGGGGAAGCUGCUGACAGCUUCAAGCAUGUUGCACUGGCUGUUUAUGGGAGCUCUGGGUUCAUUACUAGCGGCAAAUUCCUCCUGUGUUCAAGGUGUGAAGGCAGAUUGCAGGCACCACGGAAUCUUUCAGAAGGAGUCUGGUGGUCGCUAUCAACUGGACUUUAAGGCCGCGGCAGACCUCUGCCAGUCCCUCGGGGCCACCUUAGCCACACUGGAACAACUGAAGAGGGCCCACGCAGACGGCUAUGAAACCUGUAGGUAUGGGUGGAUCCAGGGCAGGCUGAUUGCUCUCCCUCGAGUGCAACCUCACCCCUCUUGUGGGAAAAGAAUCACGGGGAUCUACACUGUUUCAAGGCCACAGCACAUGAAGUAUGAUGUCUUCUGCUUCAAAGGGACAGAUGACAAAAGCUGUGCCUCGGAGAAUUCACCAUCAACCGUGUCCACAGCUCCCACCCACCCAGGGGUAACCGGAAACAACAACCUAACAGCCUUGGGGAUGAGGAUGGCCAUGGGUUUACCGAUCAUCACAGUACCUUUAGAGGAGGACCCAGGGGUUACAUCGGCAGAGGGCCGAGGAACUUUUCCUGGCACUGCGGUGGGAGCAGAGAGACUUCCGUCGCCCUCUGCGCCAGGACUUGUGGAGCCCGAGCCCACGGGUCCCUGGUUGACCCCGAACGUCUGGUCUCUGGAGGCACUCACAGAAUCAGCUCCCACUGUUGAACAGCCAGCCAGACCGACAUCCACCAAGGCUGCAGGGUUCACCAGGAAGUCGAGCACAUUACCCGCCAGGGCAGAGCCCCUGUUAACCAGCCACCCUGUAUCGCCGGGUCUGGGAAAGGAUACCACAGAGGUGGCGGACAGCUCGGGAUCUCCUGGUGGAAGAGAGCCCUUCACCAAGUCAGCAGGGCAGAAUCCAUUGACUUUGGAAGACCACAGGACAGGGCAUCAGUCAGGAAUGGACUUCCCCGCCAUCAGGAGCACCGUUUUGCCUUUUCCUACAUCUCUACUUCCGGACAACGGCCUCCAAGUUGCUGCAACGGGAGCAGAGCUGCAGGCCAACCCCGUUACAGAGAUCCCGUUAACUACGGGGGUGCAAGGUACAAAUUCCGAACCAGAUGUAGAUCUCACGACGGUCGGGAGCACUGCUCCCCCUGCCCCUCCAACCUCAGUCAGCAGCCCAACGCUCAAUGAAGCAGAGGGAAGGAGAGUGUACACUGAACCGGUUGGAGAAGUGCCAUGGUCACUGGAGUUCACCAACCCAGAACUUAUCUCAGAUACAGCCUCAACGACCACCGACGGCACCUCUCUCCCUUCCCUUCCCAGUAUGCUGCUGGACAACAGCCUCAGAUACAACACAAAAGCUCCCAAGGCCAGGGAUGAAUCAAACAGUUUGCAUUCCCAUUCAGCCCCGGGUGACCCUGAGAGUGUUUCUGGUGUUACCACAUCACAGGUCCCCGAAAGCACAGGAGCGCUAACAACAGUUGGAAUGCUUCAUGAUGGGAUGCCCCAAACCCCAAUGACUCCAAAUCCACCUGAACUGGCUGAGGAAGUUGUCAGCAGCACCGGGAUACUUGGCACGGAAAUCCUCUUGAAUCACCAGGCAGUCGGAAUACCGGGUGGGACGGGAGUCCUUUCCAGUUCACCCUCUCCGACCGACCUCAGCGUGGAGAGUGGGAGCACUCCUGAAGGUUCAGGGCCCGUUGACCAUCCCUUGGACCUUGCCACUGUCACUGUCUCAGGCACGAUGUGGAGACCUUCGGACUCACCCUCCCCUGAGCCCAGACACGUGGGCAGUGGGAUCACCCCUGAAAUCUUGGAUUUGUUCCCUACCGAGGUCUUCUUGGAUUACAGCACGGAUUUAGGUCAUGAAAUAGGACCAGCUAUCUCAGUCUCUCCGGAGCCGGCUUUCUUCUUUGGAGAAAGUGGGAGUAUACCUGACGCAUUGAGCUCAGAGACACAGGAGACCGCGACGACAUCUUCCUCCGAGUUCAUAAUAAGUACCGAAUUGGCGACAGGGCCCACCAGCCGACCUCCUGAGGUCAGCACGUCAAAGAGGACGUUUGCUCCUCCAGUUAGAUCCACCCCGCAGGCUGGCGAACUUGACCUGACUUGGUCUGAUAACCCUCCUGACCACCCGUGGGCUGUGCCCCUGCCCUCUGUCACCACCCAGGAGCUGGUGACCUCUGCUCUGCUCCCUUCGCCAGAAAUGCCCUCUGUUGGCCUCGCAGACACUACCGAGGAGAGGGGCGAGGAGGCACACCCGACUGAACCCCCUCCACGCACCGAGGUUCAACCAAAGCACUACAACCCUGGGCUGACGGACACCCCAAGAGCCUACACCACUCCUGCCUUUGGACCAACCACUUCCCCUCUUACAACAACCAGUCGGGUCCACCAAGUGUCACUCUUCACAGUAGGCCAACAGCAGAACGCUCAGCCGAACAUCACCAAAGCAUCGGAUCGCAUUAUCCGGAAUGAGAGGCUAGACACACAGCCAGAAGGAACAGCUGUGGGAGAGAAGCCUCCCGAAGCCCCCCUGGACUGGCUGAUCGUGGCGGCAAUAAUCGUGUCCCUGCUGAUCAUCCUGCUGGGAGGAGUGAUGAUUAUCUACAGCAAAAGGUUGUGUGGAAGGAAGAAAAGCUUGAUGAUAACCAGGCAAGGAGAGGACGGUGUCGCUUCCAUGGAGAAGGGAGCUGCCAAUGGGAGAGGGGGAGAUGAGUCCAAACAUGGUGAACCAAAAGCUGAUGCGAAGGGAUCAGAUGAAUGGAUCCAGCUGAUCGAUAAAGAGAACGUGGAGGUCACUCCUGAAUCUGCAGAGGCCACGAAGUUAAUGAGAAGGGAGGAAUCUGGAGAACUGUCUGACAUAGAGGUGACGGCAACCACACAGGAGCAAGAGAACAGGAGUUAGGCAGAAAAGGAGAUGGUACUGGAAACCAUUCCUCACAUCCCACACUCUUUAUGUGUCACUGACUUGGUGCAAACCUACUAAAUCUGUCUUUCAGCCUUUUGAUAAGCCCUGUGCAAUGCCAUCUAGUGCCAAUAUUCACGAUGUCUGCUUGAAGCACCAUCGCACCGUCAUCAGGAGAGGCCCUUCCGUUCUCCUGUCAAAAACGUUGCACUGUUGCAUUGAACUUUACUGCCUCCCACCCUUGUGUUGAACCAUUUGGCCUUUGUUCAAACCAUGCCGCUCUUGCUUAGGACCGUUUCACUCCAGUGUCAGACGAUGCUGCUCUCCCGUCAGGUCGAGCCCCUGUCGUGUCGGACUAUGCCAUUCUUGCGUUGGACUGCGACGCCCUUCCGUCUGGUUGCAUUGCUCGUGAAGGGCUGUUUCACUCUGGUGCAGAGCCUGUUGCUGUUGUGUACAUGCAGUGUUUUAGUGUGGGCCUUCUCCACCAGUUAUCUUCUUCCCUCUGGGUUCCCACAAAACAAUAGUCAUCGCUCUCCAGGGGACAAGAAGGUGAAUGCAGCCUUGCUAUGAUGGUCCAUUAAUUAUUCAGUGAGAAGGAUGCAGGAGGAACAGAAGGCUGGCUCUACCAUCAACUCUUCCCCCCUUCCUUUGGACGGCAGGUUGAGAAUGCUGUGCUCUGGGAGAAACUCGGGCCCCAGUGUAGGGGUGAGGCCGUGCAGGUUAGGAUACAGUCAAGGCAGCUAUCUUUCCCAGUUGGGGGGAACAGAAUCAAGGAUUAAAAUGUAGCUCUGCUAGGGACUCAACACAAAUGCUAUUGGAUUCAGAACUGGUUAUCAACACCAUACUCUGUUCCUUGUGUGUGGGGUACUUUUCCAUUCCUGAACUGAAAUUUGACAUCACGUCCACAAGCAUUGCAGUGAGUCUGUUACCAGAAGGGUAGAGCAGAUAACUUCAAUAGGGGUGGUUCUGUAAAGAUGCAAUGCUAAUCAUCUGCCUCUGGGGUUAAACCUAUUUUCUCUGCAAGGAUACAGUGAGAUAAAUCCGGCAACUCUGCAUCCAAUUUCAGCUGUUAGUUCACGGCAACCUAAUGGGAACAAAUUGGCGAUCUGCUCAGUAACUCUGUGAAAGUGGCAAGAACUAAAUAGAGCAUGGAGUGUUAGUCUGAAGAAAGCCUUACAGGAUAUUGCUGAGAUGAUAUAGAGGAAGUUUAGGAUAGACGAUGGUUCAUGCUACACCAAAACUGGGGGUAUUUGCUGGGCCAUAUAGACCUUAUCUAAGAUAUAGAUGAUGACAGCUAGCUGAUAAAGUGUUCUAUUCCCUAAAGUCCAUUCUCCCAUUCUGACAGCCUCAGGAAUGUUUUCCAUUUCUGUAAUCAAUCAGAAAUUGUUCUGUUCCACACCUAUCAGUAAAAUUUCUCUGUGAAGGAAAGUCACAUUCCGUUAUCGGUGAAUGAACCACCCAUUUCUUACUGCCAGUUGAUAAAGUGUCUAAAUCCCGUAACUGAUUGUUAAAAUGUCCCUGUCCCAAAUCCUGUCAGUCAAGUGUUCCACUCCCGUACCAAGCAGAAAUGUAUUCCAUUCCCAAAUUGGAUUUAGGGAGGUUCCAAGUCACACAACCAAUUGAUAGUGUGGAAAGAGUGGCUUGCAUUUAAACAGCACGUUCUUUGUAGAACAUCCCAAAUCGCUUUAUAGAUAAUGAUGUCUCAUUGCUUUAAAGGCUAUUGUGAUGUAGGAAUGCACGAUGCCAAUUUUAUGCUCAGCAAGUUCCCACAGUGAAGGUGGUCAUGCGUUUAGCAGUGACAGUAUCCCAUUCUCACACUGAUGUGCAGGUGAUCUUUGACCACAGUCCGCCUUAAAGGUGUCCCAGUCUCACACCUGUCAGGUACCUGGCCAGCAGGGAGCCACAUUCUCAAACAGUAAAGCCUCCUAUUCCCACAGCUGAUUGUUAAGAGGUCCCAUUUUCACUGUCCAUCCAACCAUUGGAUAGUAAAGAAUUUAUUCCCCGAUCUCAUCAACAAUGCAUCUCAUUCCCAUAAAAGCAUUGAGGAUAAAAGGAGUUCCAUUCCUUGAAUUGUUCAAUAAGCUGUCCCAUUCUGUGUCUGAUUCACAGGAUAAACCAUUCCCACAGCCAAUUCAUUCCCAUUCUCCUAACCCAUCAUUUGUUCCUUCAAGUAGUUGAAGUACCCAGUUCCCUCAGCUGAUCAGUGAAGUUUCCUGAAGAAUACAAAAUCUGCCCCAAGUUCCAGAAAGUAAUGAAGAUGCACAUAUGUAAAGGAAUUUUUCAUUGAUAUUCAGUCCUGCACUCUGCCAGCCUAGACCACAGUGUGUCUGAAUGCCGUGUCCUAUACGACUGGCACUAUUGGACCAUCAAGGGACCACUUCAUCCGAUUGCAAUGUACUGCAAGGUGCAGGAGGCUGCACCCCAUGUUGUCUCUAGCUACACAAGAAGGCUUUAGCCAUCAUUAGCCCUUCCAGAAAGGAGAUGCAUCAGGCAGGUAAUAUGAACGCCCUCCCUGUCUCAUUCUUCCCCUUCCCCCACUGGGAGCUUAUCCAUCUCUCUCCCCAACUCCUGGUCACCUCAUGUCCUUCCCAUCCAUACCCAACCUCACACUUCCUUUCCCUCCUCCCAUCUUCGCUCUGACCUACUUCCCCCCCCUUCCCCCCCCCCCCCCCGUGUGGGCCUUAACUGCUCUCCCCUCCACUCCCAGUCCUCCAGCCACUUUCCCCUACCCCCACUGCACUGCCAGCCAUCCGAGCCACCCCCACAUUCCCCACCCCCUACACACUCUGCCAGCAUCUCAUCCACUCCCCUGCACUCCCCUACCCUCACCUCCAUCCCACGUCCCCCACCCCCCGGCACACAAACCCUCUCUCAAGCCAUCCCACCCCACUUCCUACCCCACUUACUGGGAGCAUCACCCUCACCCUUUACACUCCCUGGUCCCCAAUCGCACUCCAAGUCAUCCUACAUGGACACCACCCCCCCUACUCCCUCAACACUCAUUGUCCAUAGUCCAUCUCUCUUUCAUUGCUCACUGGUGGUCGUCACUUCGUGCUUGAACUCGAUGGUGAAUUACAACUGCCCCAGUAACGAAAAAGCGUACGUGUUUAACAAUGAGUGACUAGAAGGAGAGUGACUGUUCACAGGUAGAUGGCCACCCAUGCACAGCACUGUAUAUAUUACUAUACUCAUCCUAGUCACAGGCUAUCAUUGUUUCAAUGGCAUAUUUAUUCAGGACAAUUCAUAACCUGUACAGUAUUUGAUUCAUGGAACCAGUUGGAUAAAAUGAAAACAAUUCACACA